CACCUCCCCCACCCCCACUGCACUUCCGCACUUCUCUCAUCCUUCUCCUUUCUCCGCCAUAGCCGCCAAAUUCCUGCCAUUGCCGGCCCCUCUCCGCCGCCUCUGCAACCCCUUUUUGCCGGAUUUCAAAUCCAAAUUCAGUUUCAGACGACGUAGCAAAAGUGGACGAAUUCUACAGAGCAUGAGAAAAAGUGUUUCGAUUUAUGACGCCACAAUAAGACCAAACUCCACACGAGUCCCAAGCAAAAAAGUCCAACAGCUUCUCUCUGUUUCUCUGAAUCGUAUGAGCUCAUAGGCAUACGCGCUCUCUCUCUCUCUCUCUCAGGAAGCUCUCUUUCUUUCUUUUUCUCUGAUAGCUAGCUUUGCGGUUUCGAUUGUUCCGUUUUGUUCGAUGAGAGCCGGAGAUUGCGACUGCCGGUCUGGGAAUUGAGGGCCUCCGGAAUGACCGACUACGACUCUGUAGCGAAGACCUUCCGAGCUCUGGUGGAUAGCGCGAACCGGAAGUUCGCUAGGGUCCAGGACGUCCCGGCUUACGGACGUGUGGACAACCACCACUAUUUCCAUAAGGUUUUCAAGGCUUUUAUGCGUCUCUGGAAGUUUCAGCAGGAAUUCCGCACGAAGCUCGUUGAAUCUGGUCUUAACCGCUGGGAAAUUGGCGAGAUCGCUAGCCGGAUCGGUCAGCUUUACUUUGGGCAUUACUUGAGAACCAGCGAGGCCAGGUUUUUGAUUGAAGCUUAUGUGUUCUACGAAGCGAUUCUUAAUCGAAGCUAUUUUGAGGGAUCGAAGAAUUCGAGGAAGGAUCUGGGAGCAAGGUUCAAGGAACUGAGGUUUUACGCCAGGUUUUUGCAGGUUUCAUUGUUUUUGAAUCGUACGGACACAGUUCAGGUCCUCGCAGAACGAUUGAAGGCUCUGGUGGACGAUAGCAAGGCCGUUUUUCUGGGUACUGACUUUAAAGAAUGGAGGCUAGUUGUACAGGAAAUUUUCUGCUUCAUGAAAGUAGCAACAGUCUCAAUGAAUGUCAGACCUUUGCGUUACUCUGCUCUGUUUGAUUCCCAUCCGUCAUCCCUUCCGUUUGUGGCUCGUUUCCAUGCAAAGAGGGUUCUUAAAUUCCGAGAUGCUGUUCUGACAAGCUACCACCGACAUGAGGUUAAAUUUGCGGAAAUUACUUUGGACACUUACAGAAUGCUGCAAUGUCUAGAAUGGGAGCCUGGUUUCUUCUUCCAAAAGCAUCCAGUUGAACCAAAUGAAAAUGGUGCUACCAUUGAUCAUUCUGGGGCGUCUGGAAUAAUUGAUAUUAACUUAGCUACAGAUAUUUCCGAUCCAUCUUUACCUCCAAAUCCAAAGAAAGCCAUUCUCUAUCGGCCUUCUGUGACUCAUUUGAUAGCUGUCAUGGCUACAAUUUGCGAGGAGCUCCUUCCAGAUAGUAUCAUGCUGAUUUAUCUAUCUGCAGCAGGGAAAUGCUGUCAAAACAGUGUUAAUCAAAUGGCAAGUCAAGGGGAAUCAAGAAAAUCCCUAAAAAAUAAAGUAAUCGCUCAGAACUCCCGAGAAAAUUGUAAUGCUUUGCCUGAAUCCUGUAAGAGUGAGAAGGCAGGGUCAAGUGACCUUUAUGACGAGUAUUUGUGGUUUGGGCAUAGAGGUAAUGGAGGUCCAAACGUUCUAUACCCUGGUGAUAUAAUACCUUUUACACGUAGACCUGUUUUCUUGAUAGUUGACAGUAACAACAGCCAUGCAUUCAAGGUUCUACACGGUGCAGAGAGAGGAGAGACUGCCGCUAUACUUCUUUCACCUCUGAGGCCUGUAUUCAAGAAUCCCUUAGAUGUUGAUACCGUUCGAUCAGGAAGUCAGUUUACUUUUUUCUUGACUGCCCCUCUGCCUGCAUUUUGCGAAAUGGUUGGCCUGUCCCCAGCCAAUUUGGAUCUAGAUGUUUACAAUGAUGCUGAGACCAUAAUCUCCUCCGCAUUUUCCGAGUGGGAAAUAAUUCUUUGUACAUCAACUAGCUUAAAUCUCGUUUGGGCCCAAGUUUUGUCUGAUCAUUUUUUACGCCGUCUCAUUCUUAGAUUUGUAUUCUGCCGAUCCGUACUAUCUUUCUUCAGUACUACAGAAGAUUUCAACCUUCCUGUUUGCCUGCCUUGUCUUCCCAACUCCAUUGCUUCGAAUUCUGGAGUUGUCAGCUCAGUAGUCCGCCGUAUCGCAAAGCACCUUAACGUUGCUGACUUGUUUAACUUCCACGAAGGAUAGUAAACAAUCUAGAUACUGUCAAAACCCGAAUUCGAGUUCAACCGCUGCCUUCAAACUCAGUUCAAAAUCAAAACAAUAUAUCGCCAUUGGCCGCUUGAAGUUUAGUUACAGUAGGACAGAUUGGUGUUUGUUCUGAAGAAAAAAUUAUGAAACACAAGUAGUGUUGUGGUGGUUGCCUUCCUUUUAAUGCUUAUGUGCAGCCUACUAGUUUCCUUAAGUUUCAAGGUGGGUUUACUGUUUAGUUAGAUAAGAGUGUGAAAAUUUAUUGUAGGUUUCUUUCUGAUCCUUGAAGAUUCAUUUUAGUUCCUAUUUUCUUUCCCCUUUUUCAUUUCUCUGUAAAGAAGAAAAAAGAAUUGAAGCAGAGAAAUUGAACUCCCAAGCCCCCCUUCCCCUCCCCUCCCAACCUGGUAAAGUCCACAUCUUUCAAGUUAUUUGUAGAUGUGGCAAAUCGGGAAUGUAUAAUCGCUCUCCAGGACCCUUACACAAAAGUGACAAACCGCGAGAAGUUUGACUUCGUCUUUGUAACUUAAAGUUUGUUCGAUAUUGGAAUAUUUGAAGUUCAUGAA